AUGGAAAAUCGUUAUACUAAAUGUAUCGAAUUAAACGGGCAUUUUGUCGAGUUUAAGAAAGCGUAUUGUAGUUUUUCUCUUCUUUCUUCUAAUUUAUUUGUUUAUCUUCUCUCCACAGGUCAGGCUGGUGUCAAUCAAUUGGGUGGCGUUUUCGUCAAUGGCCGUCCACUGCCGGACGUUGUGCGGCGCCGCAUUGUGGAGUUGGCACUUUAUGGUGUACGUCCUUGUGAUAUAUCCCGACAAUUACUGGUCUCACAUGGUUGCGUUUCUAAGAUCUUGACACGCUUCUAUGAAACUGGUUCCAUACGACCGGGAUCGAUUGGUGGCAGCAAAACCAAGGUAAGCUGCCAUUUCUCUUCUGUCUACUUUCAGCAAGUGGCCACGCCCACCGUCGUCAAGAAGAUCAUUCGACUGAAGGAGGAGAAUAGCGGCAUGUUUGCUUGGGAGAUACGCGAACAGCUACAGCAACAACGCGUCUGCGACCCAUCGUCGGUACCCUCGAUCAGCUCCAUCAAUCGCAUUCUCCGCAACAGCGGUCUUUGGACGGAUGAAAUGACGUCGAGUCAGCAAAACGCCGCCGCCGCUGCUGCAGCUGCACAGCAAAUGUCAUCCGCUGCCUAUGCAACGCAAGCACACCUCUAUGCGAAUAGCGCUGCCGCAGCUGCUGCUGGCAGUAGUAGCGCGUCAAGUUGCCCGCCCACUGCAGAUGGCGCUGUCGGCUCACCACCGGCGACACUCGUGCAUCGCGCAUCUUUACCACCACUUGCAGCAGCCCACCAUGCGCACACCGCCACGCACCACCCCACCACUCAUCAUCCCCACGUCGCUGCACCGCACGCGCUAAGCUUACCAGCACAAUUUCGUUAUAGUUCUGCAGCUGCUGCUGCUGCCGCCGCCGCCGCUGCUGCAGCGGCUGUUGCAGCCAAUGAGAACACCAAAGUUAAUGCUACUGUGGCCGCAAACGAAGCACGUCUCUUGUCACCCACAAGUGCUGCAGGCGCAAUCGGUGACAUGCCUAUCAAACCUGCACCGAAGCACCCCGCCGCAGCGCAUAUGGCAGCACUGAGUGCCGCCGGUGGCAGUCACACAGCGCUAGCGCAGUUCUCUGCCACCGUUUCGUCAGCGGUCUCGGGGCAUCUCAGCGCACAGGAUCUCAGUUACACCGCGCUACACAAGCACUGGCUCUGGCAUCCCUCGCUACUCUACUAUUCCACGCAGCAUGCGCAAGUCGCCAGCCAAUUUUUACCGUACGCGCAAGCUCAAUGUCCAGCGUAUUUCCAUGCCGGCGGCACUGGCAGUAGCAGCAGUGGUAUUGGUAGCGCGCUAAGCGCAGAAAGCACUAUUGACUUGGUUUCGCAUGGCGCGAGUGAUGCGCUUAGCGAUUGUGAUUCGGGCAAGUCCUCGCCGGCGACUUCAUUGAAUGCCGCACCAACUGUGGGUUCCUUAAGCGGCAGAGAGUCAACGCACAGCAAUGUGACCAAUUCUCGCAAACGCAACCCCUACUCGAUUGAGGAGCUUUUAAAGAAACCAGAGAAGCGCAUGCGUUUACAUGCGGGCAAUUUACGCAAGGAAGAUGAAUCGAGUGUCAGCAGCAUCAGUUCGAGCGGCAGUAGUCGCAGUAGCUGCUGUGACGAUAGCUGUGAUGAGACGCGGAGUCAACAGGCAGAGACGCUAGCUGUUGACGAUUGCAACGAUAAUGUGGAGGUAGUGAACUGAGUUUGGGGUCAGUGGUGA